GUGAAACUGGUUAAAAUUUUGAAAAGUCUUAGAAUUGUCAUUUUUGUAUUGUGAAAUAUUAAUGUGAUUUUGUGAUUUUUUGCGUUACUUAAGAAGGAAAAAACGUGUUUUUGUAAUGUCGGGCAGAAAUUCCGUAAUGGUAGCAAUCAAGCUACGUCCUAUUCGUAAUCAGCCAUGCAAUUGGCGAGUAGUGCAUAAUUCCAUACAGCUAGUCGAUAGCCAAACGGAGCCAUACUAUUUCGAUCAUAUAUUCGAUCAGGAUGCUACUAAUCAAAUAAUAUUUGAUAAAAUGGCCAAACCAAUUGUACACUCUGCUAUUGAAGGUUUCAAUGGCACUAUAUUUGCUUAUGGACAGACCUCAUCGGGUAAAACUUACACUAUGAUGGGUGAUGAAGAAAAUCCAGGAGUUAUGGUUCUGGCUGCAAAGGAAAUAUUUAAAGAAAUCCAACAGCAUUCGGAUAGACAGUUCUUGCUUCGAGUGGGAUACAUAGAAAUUUACAAUGAAAGAAUCUAUGACUUACUAAAUAAAAAAAAUCAGGACUUGAAGAUACUUAGAGAUGAGGCUAAUGCCAUCAUUAACGUUAAUUGUGAAGAAAUUAUUAUUAUGUGUGAAAAUGAUUUGCUUCAUUAUUUAAAACAAGGCAGCAAGGAGCGAACUGUAGGCGAAACGAACAUGAACGAGAGAUCAAGUCGGUCGCAUGCUAUUUUUCGUAUUAUUAUUGAAUCUCGCAAAAUAGAUCGCAGUGAGGAAGAUACUGUUACUCAAAGCAUAAUAAACUUAGUCGAUUUGGCUGGAUCGGAGAGAGCCGAUCAAACAGGUGCACGUGGCGCGCGUUUAAAAGAAGGCGGCCACAUCAAUAAAAGCCUUUUAUUUCUGAGUACCGUCAUCAAACGUUUAUCCGAAAAUGAAGAUAAAAAAUACAUAUGUUAUCGUGAGUCAAAGCUAACGCGUAUAUUGCAAGACUCAUUGGGUGGCAAUACCUUGACAGCCAUUAUUUGCACAAUUAAGCCCAACACCAUAGAAGAAACCCAAUCCACUUUAAGCUUCGCCUUGAGGGCUAAAGUUAUUAAAAAUAAACCUGCAGUUAACGAAAUUGUUUCGGAUGCUACAGCGAUGAAACGUUUGGAAAAAGAAAUUACGGUUUUAAAGUCGCGUUUGGCUGAAGAACGUCGUAAAAAUGAGAGUCAAAUUAAAGUCGGUGAAUUGGAAAUGCGCAUAAAAAAUGAAGUAUUAAAAAUUAUUACUAGUCAUACUUUGCACGUAAAUCAUGCCCAACAAGAAAAACGCAGGCGCACUUGGUGUCCGAUGUCAACGAAGACGAAUAAUCCACCGUCUGCCUUGCCUAUACCAAUAAAUCAACGAACAGCUAUGUCCGGCAUGCAAUCAUCAAAAAUAUCUUCGUAUCAUACACCUUUGAUAACAUUAAGAGCCAGUUCUCCGGUCGGGAACACAUUAGAAGACGCAACAGCUCUACAAACCGAUAUGUGUAAUAUAAGUGAAGAAUUUAUUCCGGGCGAGCUAGUCGAUUUUGAUAAACUAUCUUUAGUGAAAACACCCAAGCAAGGAUCUAGAAGUAAAGAGCAUUCCCUUACACCAAUACUCUGCACCAAUCCGAAAUUGACCUUAGAGAAAAUUGAAAGCGAUUUUGUGGAAUUGCAAAGGUUUACUAACUUAGAGAAUAAAAUCGAUUUCAAAUAUCAUCCUGAUGCUGCUCUUAAACUAAAAGUCGAUGCUUUAACCGAACGUAAUGCUCUUCUUGAGAAUCAACGUUUGGAAUAUAUACAAUUAAAAGAUGAUUUUUCUGCUACUCGAGACGACCUUACUCAAUCGGAAAAGCGCUGUGAUGAUCUUCAAAAGCAAGUGGAUCAAUUAAUUGCUGCUGAUAAAACUGCUCGUGCGACGAUAGAUAAAUAUGAAAAUGAUUUAUCGGCUCUGAAGUCAAAGUUGCAGCAACUUGAAAUGGAAAAUCGGAAUGCGGUUAAUUUGGAUUUUGAACUGCAACGUCUUAAAAAUAAGUCCAAAUUACGUGAAACAGAAUUAUUGGAAUUUAUUACGGAAAAAGAUAACGCAAUACUUAAAUUAGAGAAAUCAUUGAAAUCGAUAAGCGCAGAGAAAUUCCAAAAUACUAAAGAAUCGAUGCAAAUAUCGGUAAAAGAAAACUCCAAAACUGAUGGCAAAAUUUGCAUUAAAUGCGAAGACUUGCAAGAAAUGCUAGCGGAAAAUGAAAAAGUUUCACAUGAUCUUGAAAAACUUAAAUUACAAUAUGAGAAGUUGGAAUUGAAUUACACGGAAGCGCUGCAACGGAAUGAAAGAAACAUCAACGCGGUAGUUGAAGAUCAAGCGAAAAACAAAGAAUAUUUGCAGGAAGAUAUACAAACAUUAAAAGAGAAAUUACAAACAAUUCAAGAAGCGUACGAGAAAUUGACAAAAGAGAGUGCAGCCGACGAACAGUCAUUAAAUGAAAAACUCGAAUAUAACGCUUCGGAGAUGAAAAUGUUACAAGACAAAUAUCAGAAAUUGGAAAACUCUUGGCAGGAACAACAGCAGUCAUUGAAUGAUAUACAAACUCAGUAUGAUACAGUGCAAAGCAAAUAUUUGCAUUUACAAAAUGAAUACGAACGUUUGGAAAUUUCUUCGGAAAAAUACUUGGCUGAUCGAGAACGCCUUCAAAGUCAAAAUGAAACGUUGCAAAGCGACAUUAAUGAUUUAAAGCAGUUGCUAAAAGAGGCAGAGCUGAAAUUGCUAGAGAGACCCGAAAUUGGUAACGAUACUCAAAAUGAGAAUUCGAAACUAAAAAUGCAAUUGAACGAGUUACAAAUUCAAUUUGAAGAUUUGCAAAAAGAAUACGAUGAUCUGUCCAGUCAAUUGAUGGACAAUUUGCAGGAGAAUGAAUCAUUGAGAGCGGAAAACACAAAAUUGAUUGACGAAUUAAAAAUUCUGAAAGAUAAAAACUCAUAUUUAUCUAAUAAGGAAUUGGAAAUUGUCGAAUUGAAGGCUGAAUUGGAGCGUUUAAGCUUUUUACCUGAAAAGCAGUUAAUGAAUUAUCCAAUUUUAGCCUCCAAUAAUAGUUCUCUCCGUAGUUCAGGUGUCGGCGUAGAAGACGAAGAGGAGUGCAUGGAGAAAGACGAGACUCAAAAACUAUUACUUAACAAAUUUAUAGAGUUAUCAUCUUCCCUUGGCAAAAUUGAAUUAAAAUUGAGUGAAGGCAAUGCUAAAAUAUUCCAAGCGAUAGAUAGCGAUAUCAAAUCUCAUGUUUAUAAGCUCCGUUUAAGCGACAUCAAAAAUGAGAUACAAUUUAUCACCGAUCAGCAAAACGAUAUUGCAACACUUGAAGGUACUUUACACCAUCUUAAUUUCCAAAUUGAGGAAUUGAAAUCAGAUGACCUUGAAAAUACUCUUAAUAACUCGGAAACUAUCACUGAUUCGUUAAAUGAGUAUCAACACAAGAUUGAAUCGUUGCAAGAUCAGAUUAAUAAAGAACGGAUAGCUAAUAAAUCUUUGCUAGAGAAUACCGAACGUGCGUUAAACGAAAUGAAAGAGCAAAUAAUACGUCUUAAUGGGGAGCUUUUGGAAAAGUCCAUAGUGGUUGAGAAAUGUGCCUGCGAAAGUUAUCAGAAAAAAAUUUCUGAUCUCGAGAAAGAUAAGGAGGAUAUGCUUAAACAUAGCACUUUCAACAACACUCCUACAGCCAAGAACAUGAAUGGCCUCAAUUGUGAAGAAUGUAAGGACUGCAAAAUUUGGCAAACGACACAACGGCAAAUGCAAGAAGUUAUCAAAGAUCUAACGCAACGUUAUUUGGAAUUGCAAAAGGAGUUAGAGCAACAGGCGCAAGAACAUAAAGAUCAAAUCAUUAACUUGGAGUUAAAUAAUCUACAAAAAGGGGAAUUAAGCGAUGAAAGUUAUCAUAAAAACUUGGUGGGCCGGAAUGAGGCACAUGUAGUACAGCAGCAGUUGAAAGAGCGUGAAAGCCUUGAAGCAGCAGACACCGAUGAAACCAUUCAAUGUAAGACAGAGCUUAUUAAAAACUCGCCGAGAACUGAGAAUGAAGAGAGUUUGGAAAAAACAUCACAAGGUCGAGAAAUUUUCACAGAAAAACGGGAGAGCAAUGAACAUAAGAUGCAACUUUUGGAAAAAGAAAUAAUUGAUAAAGAACGCCAGUGCAAAGAAUAUGAGACCGAAAUACAAGAGUUGAGCGAAAAAAUCAAAAAUUCUGUGGACCAACAACAACUAAUGGAAAAGAAAUUAAACUACCAUCUCGGAAAAGAGCAGGAAUUGCGUCAAGAAAAUCAGAAUUUGACUGACGAGCAAAACAAAAUCCUUGCAGAUUGCGAAGAGCUGCGUGCGAAACUUUUAUCUCUAACAAAAGAAACAGAAGCUGUAAAAGUUUCAAAUCAUAAAUUACGAGAUUUGGAAAUCAAUAAUGAGCAAUUGCUGUUAGAACGUAGUCAGUUAGUAUUUAAGUUGCAGAAUGCUGAACAACAGGUUUCUGAGUUCUGUAAAGAGGACGCAGCCAGAGAAGAAAUUAUACAAGACUUGCAAAAUAAGCUAAACGACAUACAAGUUAAUUUUGCACAAUCUCAUGUACCGCUCGAGGCUUUAACUGCUUGUAAAAACGAAAAACAUGAGGUGGAGUUAGAGCUGCAGAGAAAAAAGCAAGAGAAUGAGAAGCUUGAGAAGAGGCUGACGGAAACAGAAGAUCGUGAAAGUAGACAGCAAAAAAUUUUCAAUGAGAAAAUGGACCUCAUCACGGAAGAAAAUAGAAAUAUGAAUGAAAAACUUGCUCAGAUGACGUUAUUAGCAGAGCAAUUUAAGAAAUUCGAAGUGAAGUCUUUAGAAGAGAAAGACGCUUUAGAAAGGCAAAACAAUAUCUUGCACCAAGAAAACCUGGCCGCGGAACAAAGACUCUCUCAAGGCAUUGAGGAAAAAAUGCAACAAAUCAAGCAAUUGCAACAAACCUGUGAUAAUUUAACCCAAGAAUUUAUUCAUAAACAAGAACAAAUUUCCGCCCUAACUCGAGCGGCCGAAGAGCUCAGAGAGAAUGAAAACGAAAAUCUUAAAACAAUAAAAACCCUUGACAAUGAAAAUAAAAUGCUAAAAGCCCAGCAUUUAAAACGGGAUGAGCAACUCAAUGAGUUAAGUCAAAAAUCUUGCAACUUACUAAAGGAAGAAAUCGAUUUACUUAAGGGAGAGAAGAAAAAUUUGGAAGAAAAACUAGCUCAGUUGGCAGAUAUAAAAGUGCAAAAGGCAGCACUAGAAGAACAACAUAAGCGACUGGAAGCUGAGUCUUUAAAACAGAAAGAUAAUACGGAAAAACAAGUGGCUUUGCUUCAAGAAGAAAAGCUGAAUGUAGAGAAACGUUUUUUGCAAGAAAUUAAAGAUAGAAGUGUUUUGGAAAUGCAACAUCAAAAUCUAAAGGAAGAGCACAAUUUGCUUACUGCCUCGUGCAAGGAACUAAAAGAUCGAGAAAACAAACAACAAGUAGAGAUAGAUCGUCUUCAUAAACAAAUUCAAUUACUUAAUGAAGAGAAAUCGAAUCUUGCAGAGAAGCUCAAGCAAUUAGAAGAUAUGAAGGGAAAAAUAUGUGCUUUAGAGGUAAGCUUGAAAGAAUUGGAAGAAAAGAAAAACGCUUCAGAGAAGCAAGUACAGACACUUCAGCAAGAAAACCUCUUAGGAAAGACGAAUUUUGAAAAAUUAAUUGAGGAAAAGGAGAAUCAAAUGAAAAAAUUACAAGAAAACUGCGAUCAUUUGAAUCAGGCGUAUAAUCUUCAGCAAGAAAAAGUUUCUACUGUCACUCAACAACUGGAAAAGUUUAGAGAAAUCGAAUUGAAGAAUUUAAAACAGGAAAAUGAAGAGCUGCUUGAAAACAUUACAGCACUUAGCCAGACAAAAGAAAUUUUGGAAUCGCAGAAAAGCGAUUUGGAAAAAUUGGUUAAUGAAUGCAAGGCAUCUAUGAAAGAAGUCUCAAUCAAAUGUGAUAGCUUACGUGAAUCUAACGAACAAUUGCAUCAAACGAACGACCAAUUGAAGCAAACACUGGCCAACGUGCCUGAACGUUUCCGUUUGGAAAAAGAUUUUGCAGCACUUCAGCUGCAGUAUAAAGAAUUGCAGGAUAAAAUGGAAGCAGCGGCUAAAGAAUCAGAUCGAUGCACUAAGGCUUUGCGUGACGAGGUGCAACAUUACAAGGAAUUGCUGGAAAAUCAAUCGAAAAGUUAUAAUAAUUUGCGUCACGAUUUGUCGACUAAGGAAUUGCACGAGAAGGAGAAGCUUAAUUCCGAAAUCGUUGCAUUAGAAAAUGAAAAAAGGAAAUUAGAGGCGCAUAUAAAGCAAAUCGUUGUUAAAACCCUUAAAGAGGAAAUAGGAAAGCCGACUCACGAUAGCAAUUCCUCGAUAGAUUCCAAUCUUUCACAUUCGCCGCGCAGUAGUCGACACAGCUUUGAAGGCAAUCUUAGUCCCGAUCAAAAUGUGCGUCAAUCUAAGUUAAACGUUUCCGUAGAUAAUGCCGAACAUAAAAACAAAAUAAUUGAAAGAAAAAAUCGACGUUCCAGUGUUCACGAUGAACGCCGACGUCAAUCUUAUUGGGGUGCUAUGCACGAUAAAGAAACUAUGACAAUUCCUGCAGAUACAAAGUGCAAUUGUGAGGAACUGGAUCAAAAACUUCGAGAUUGUCAACGUAAUUUAUAUAUUCGUCAAUGUCAAGUUACCGCUCUUAACCUAGAAUUGAAAAACCAUCCUUUAAUAUCUGAAAACGCCAGCUUAACGAAACGUAUACUGGCGGAACAGGAAAAAUAUCGCAUCGAUAUGAAACGCUACAAACAAAAGUUACAUGAACAGACUACAAAGGCUGAAAAAGCUAUGAAUGCUUGGGCAACGAGUAAAACGCAAUUGGAACAAUUACAACAAUUACAAAAGACUGUUGCUGAUAAUGAUGAAGAGGUCUCAGCAGCAGCAGCAUCAAUAAAACCUGCCGUCAUCCUGAACGCGGAAUUGAUAAAUGCAGAGGUGCAAACUGAUGGAGAUUUAAACGAUAUGAUUCAAUCGUUGCAAGGCAAAAACAAUGAUUUGAAAAAGAUCUGUCGUUUUCGUUAUAAAACUAUUAAAGAUUUGGAAGAGAAAAUGGCGCAGAAAGAGAACACCGAGGGCAAUUCGCUAUCCGCUUUAGAAGUUGGUCAAAUAAAGUCAUUAAAGAAUCAAAAUGAGGUUUUAAACAAGGAAUUAAACAUAAUUCAACAGAAAUAUGAAAAUGCGAAAAUUAUCUUGCAAUCAAGACGUGAUGAGAUACGUAAAUUACAGGAACAGUUGAAUGUGAAAAACUAAAUUGAAAGAGCAAAGUAUAAUUAAUUCGCUUAAAUUUAUAAAAUCGACCAACGUUUCCUACGAGGAUAAUAAAGAACUCCGGGAAGUGAUCCGAAGAACGAAAAUUUAUAAAGAUUAAUGAUCAGAUAAUUGCAAAUUGAAAUUUCCACAAUCUUUGGAGCUACCGCAACCGUUCAUGGUGGACACCCAAACUGUGGAUACGUUAAAUAAAUGAUAGACCUUGAAAACGACGAAUAUUGAGCAGGAGAGUUCGGUUGGGCACUAGAAGAAGAAAGAAGGAAAUCUUUUACGUUUAAUUUAUCAAGA